GUGUCCCUUGUAGAUGAUGAAGGGCGGGGUCGCGUACCCAGCAGCGCAGAUGCUCUGGAUAACUGUAACCCACUCGCGAUCGCCUGGCUGAACAAGCGCAGGUUGGGCGCGUCUCUCUGCACCUGUGACGACCUUUAUAGAGCUAAUUACGCCUAUCUAGAAGCUAGUCUUAUUAAAGUUGUGCACGUUGUUAUUGUGGACGCUAUACUUGGCUUUGAGUAUUCUCUGCCUAUCCUUUGCUUAAUUAAAGGCUAUUUUGAGCUUAGGCAAGCGCGUUACAAAGCGAUCAGCCCAGCACUUGCUAAUAGGCUUGCCACCGCGUACAGCCAGCAGUUUAUCAGCCAUAUCUGCCACCUCGCACAGCUAGGGCGCAAAUCCUCGCAAGUCAAGGUUGAGUAUGUAUUGGAUGAUUGUCUGCUGUUC